CAAACAAGUACCAUAUCAUCUCUAUCAUCAAACCUUCAUGUAGAACAAACAAUACGCCUUCAAAGAGAAAAGAGGAAAAAAGAAAUGCAUCCCUACCUCGCCGUCGCAAUCUACCACCCUCGAUACGGCAACUUCCAGCACUGGGCCCUCCACCUGCACACCUCCACCGAAGACACCAUCUACGAAGUCGACGGCGAGCAUCCGAGUUUCCAAAAAGUCACAUCAUCCGGCAACCCGCGCGACUCGGAGACAUUCAUCCACGCCAUAUUCGUGAGCGAAGUCGGGGAUCCCGACAUCCCCACCAUCAGAGCGAUCGUCGAUGGCGCCCGCGUGGACAACGAGACGCUGGAAUGGGACUGUCAGGAGUACGUCUUGGAGAUAAUAGAGGCGUGUGAGCAGGAAGCCGUGCUCGAUGAUCAUGAUCUGGAGUACAUGGAAGCGAAGGAGACGCUGAAACAGAAACGGGGGCCGAUGAUUUGAUUUGGUUUGAUUUUGGCCAUCUGAGCUGUCGGACCAUCGAAAAGGCCGGUUUGGUAUGGCAACGUAUCAAGAUCUGAUCUGUCGAUGGCUGCUAGAUAUCCUACCUCUGUUGAUCAGUUGCAUUUAUCCUAGAUGAACUAGCACAGGCUAAUAUGCGGAGCCCCUCCCCGAGCUCGGCUUCGAGAGCCGAUAUCAACCCUGCUUUGAGACGAAGAUCAGGAUCUCCGCUUGGCCUAAGGCGAACUCCCCACGUUUUCUCCGCAAUUUUAGCUUUAUCUCGUCAACAUGGAAAGUGGUACGUCGUGAGUUGGCAAGGUCGGAGUAGACUAGUCCCGUUCGUCUGCGUAUCAGG